AUGAUUAUUUUCUUGCUUCUUAACACUUACACUCUCCUCAGCCCCAAUUCUCUAUUUUACUUCACCUCCAUUCUCUCUCUGUUUCGAUUUUUAUUUCCUCCACGACUUCCACUGUUUCAAUCCUGUUUUUUUCUUUCCUUCAUUAUCUUGCUCCAUUUCGAUUCUUUUAUUUACAUCACUGAUUUCACUUUUUCCCUCUUUCUAAAUUUUCCUUCACCAUUUUCAUUUCCCUCCAACAAUUUGAUACUCUCAUCCCAAAUUUUUUUCUUUUCUCUCACUUUCAUUUACUUCAACCUUCAUCUUGACUUUCGUCUGUCUAAACGUUCUUUCCUCCAUCGUUUUGGCUUUCUGAUUAUUUUCUUUCUUCCACCGCCAACUCUUUCAGUCCCGAUUGUUACCAUUCCUCUAUCGCUUUCAUUUCCACAUAUUUUCCUCUGUCUGUCUCUCUUUAUCUGUCUUUGCCUCUCUCUCUCGUGGAACCAGGGGGAUGAAUUAUUCUCCUCUAUUUCUCUCUUUUCAUUCACUACUACAACUAGUACUUUUAUAGUCAUUAUACAUAUACUCGUAUAUCUAUAUCUGUCUAUCUAUCUAUAUCUCUAUCCAUCUCUAUCUAUUUAUUUAUCUAUCUCUAUCUAUCUAUAUCUCUAUAUCUAUCUAUCUUUAUCUAUCUAUCUAUCUAUCUAUCUAUCUAUAUCUCUAUAUCUAUCUAUCUAUCUCUAUAUUUCUAUAUCUCUAUCUCUAUAUCUCUAUUUAUCUAUAUAG